UACUGCAAGCUUCCCCUCCUCAAUUUUUUUAAGGUCGAUUAGAGGUACCAUCACCAAUUUCCCCAGAAUUUGAAAAACUUUCAUUUUUUACUGUGUUAGAAGAUCACAUUAAUGCGCAAGAUUAAAAUAACUGACAAGAUCUGGUCAGAACGUGCCUCAUUUGUUGAUUUUAACUUGGUAGAAAAAAUUUGUGCAAAAUGUGGUACAAGAAAUCGAUUCUUUGUUUUGUUGUCAUGGCUUUAAAGUUUGAGGGCACCAAAAGCCAGACCUGUAAAGGUGGCUCUUUCAUACCAGAAGGAGCAUGUAAAAUGAGCGUGUUUGUUCGCUCUGAAGGAGAAAUGGAUCCCAAUCGCUCAGUUUCUCUUGGAUCCUCGUACCUUAUUGUGGGUGGUAAAGAAUACAGCAAGAAGUCAGCUGGCAUUAUUUUUUUUAUAUUCGAGCAGAAAACGGGUAAACACGUCAGUAGUGAAGUGUUUGACGUCAAAUCCAGCUCAGCGAAUGGCGACAAGCUCAGAGACUUCAUCGCCGCGUUACCAAAUGACGUCAUAAUAGUCAUGGCAGUCCAGACGUCAGGUAAUGCAAACAACAACCUUGCUGGUGCUAACUCUGUGUUUUUUUGCGUUGGACUCAACGACACAGCCAUUGGUGAUCAAGAAUCGUUUGCAGCCAUUUUGUGCAAGGGUUCUCGGGAGUUCUGCAGGGUGAAAAAGUCAAAAAAUAGUGGUGGACAAGGCCCUAGCUAUAUUUCGAUCCUGCUGCCACUCAAGAUUCCAUUUAACACAUUGAAUGGGCCAUGCGCAAAAGGUACGUCAUAUCAAAGGGUCUACAGCGAUGCCAUAGAAAAUCAUGCUAUCGUUGGCCCUCUCUUGGUUUCCAAAACAGCCAAUAACAUUGAAGAUUGCAAGGAAGCCUGUUUUUUCUACAAGGGUGAUUCUUGCUUCAUGUUCAACUAUAACCAAGCUUCAAAGAAGUGUGAACUCUUCCAUGAAGGGCGUGUGUCGGAGUACAAGGUGAUUCAGAUUUUUUUGUGCACCUUCAAGACCAGAAAGGUACAUGCGGUAGGAUGA